AUUAUUCACAACAUGGCAGCCGUCUGCGGAGUGACUUGGUCAAAAUUCUCUGGAUAAAAGAACAGUUAACUCAGGUAACAUGUGGGCACCUUAAAAAUAAUCUAUGGAUUUGUGAAAAAAGACCAUCAACAUGAAGAUUGAUCGAACAAAGCUGAAGAAAUCUUCAACAGAAGUGCCCGCUGAUUGUAAGGUUUUAAUUGACAAGCUAAAGGAAUGUAGUAACAGUGAAUCAAAACUGUACCGGGAGUUAAGACAGAUUCAAGCUUGGACUUAUGGCAAGUGUGAGCUGUAUCACUGGGCAGAUGUCCUGGACAUAUUUGAUGAUGUUUUGGACAAAGCAUGUAGGAAAGAGAAAGACAACAAGUGGACUCUGGCUUGUGACUUGCCUGUUAACCCAGAGCUGAAAGAUCUUAUGGUCCAUGUCCUCCAGUUCACAGCCCUGUUGAUAGAACACAGCUUUUCGAGACAUCUUUACAACUCUAUGGAGCAUUUGACAACUCUUCUAUCCUCUUGUGACAUGUCUGUAGUGUUGGAAGUUCUUAAUCUUUUGUAUGUUUUCAGCAAAAGGUCUAACUUCAUAACAAGGCUAGCUGCUGAUAAAAAACAAGGAUUAGUUGUUAGACUGACCCAUCUGGCUGAGAGUUGGGGUGGGAAAGAAAAUGGAUUUGGAUUAGCUGAAUGCUGUAAGAACGUACCCCUGUCGAGUUACCCACCUAGUGCUACCACACUGCAUUUUGAGUUCUAUGCUGAAAACAAAGAUGAAAAGUCUGGAAAGAAGGGUUCCUCUAACACCAUCACCUGUAUUCACAUGGAACACCUAGACAAGGCCAACAAGCUGUCAUCAGAAAUAAUGGAAGACCUUCUUGAUCAAUUCAAAAUACCAGAGGAUAAACAUAUGCUGUUGUACACACACAUUCGCUUGGCUCAGUCUUUUGCAUCCGCCAAGGCAAGGAUCCAAUGUGUGCAAGCCAGACUUCAGGCACUCUCAAUUUUGGUAUACUCCAAUGCAAUACAAGAAAAUCUUAACACACUUCUUUACAAUGGACUUAUAGAAGAAUUGGUGGAUGUUGUGGAACUAUCAGAUUCAUAUCUUGUGGAAAUAAAAGCAGCUGCCCUAAGAACACUGACUUCUAUUGUGCACCUGGACAGAAAUCCAAAAUUGAAUGCUAUUAUUGAUGCCACUGGAGCAGCUUCCUAUCAUGGCUUUUUGCCAGUCCUUGUGAGGUCCUGUAUUCAACAUAUGACAGAUCCAGAUCUAGUACCAUUUCCUCAGCCAUUUGCAACGGCAUUGUUCUCCUUCCUUUAUCAUCUUGCAAGCUACGAGAAUGGUGGAGAAGCUUUAGUAUCCUGUGGGAUGAUGGAGCCUCUUCUCAAGGUGAUCAACUGGUAUGGUGAAGGACAAGAACAUAUAACGUUUGUGACCAGAGCAGUGAGAGUUGUUGACUUGAUAACCAACCUGGACAUGGCUGCAUUCCAAACACACACAGGACUGACAGCAUUUAUCAACAGAUUAGAGCAUGAAGUUGGAUUAUGCCGCAAGAAGCAGCCUUUUGUGAUAAGGAUUGGUAGACGUACAUCAUCGUUCUCUGACAUCAAUCCAGAGUCACCACCGCGUGUUGCUAUGGAAACAGACUCCUGCCCCUUGAAUGACAAGAAUCGGGUAAAUGAAGGGGCCUCAUCUUCCUCCACUGGACUCCCAGAUUAUAGUGCUGCCAAAACAGGAUUGCUGUGCUUUCCCCAGAGAGCUGCUUUGCUCAAAUCAAUGCUAAAUUUCCUGAAAAAAGCUAUUCCUGAUGCAGCUUUUGCAGAAAGCAUUAGGCAUUUAAUGGAUGGAUCCUUGCCGUCCUCGUUGAAGCACAUUAUUAGCAAUGCAGAGUAUUAUGGACCAUCUCUCUUUCUCCUUGCCACAGAUGUAGUGACAGUGUAUGUGUUUCAGGAGCCCUCUCUUCUCUCCUCUCUACAAGACAAUGGAUUGACAGAUGUUGUUCUUCAUGCUUUGCUCAUCAAAGAUGUGCCUGCAACCCGUGAAGUUCUGGCGUCGUUACCAAAUGUAUUUAGUGCCUUGUGUUUAAACGUUCGAGGUUUGGAGUCAUUUGUUCGGUGUCGUCCAUUUGAUAGGCUGUUCAAAGUGCUACUUUCACCAGAUUAUUUGCCUGCUAUGAGAAGACGACGCAGUUCAGAUCCACUUGGGGAUACAGCUAGUAACCUUGGCAAUGCAAUGGAUGAGCUAAUGAGGCAUCAACCUUCAUUACGAACUGAUGCCACCAAGGCCAUUAUCAAGCUUCUUGAGGAGGUUUGUGCUAUGGGCAAGGAUCCAAAGUAUGUUUGUCAGAAACCUCAGCCAAAAGCUGAACAAGCAGGACCUGUUACGCUGAGGUCUCCACAACCCACUGAUGCUGGCUCAUCUGAUGAAGAAGAAGAGGAAGAUGAUGUUUCCAGCAAUGCCAGUCAGAGUAGCAGUGCUAAACAGGAAAACACUCAGAGCAGUGGGAACACUCCAGAAAGACAAGCCAUUCCAUUAAUGGAUUAUGUUCUCAAUGUUAUGAAAUUUGUGGAAGCCAUCCUCAGUAACAACACCACAGAUGACCACUGCAGGGAGUUUGUAAACCAGAAGGGACUUUUGCCGCUGAUGGGCAUUCUGGGAUUACCAAAUCUGCCGAUUGACUUCCCUGCUUCUCCAGCCUGUCAAGCAGUGGCCAGUGUUUGCAAGGCAAUCUUGACCCUGUCAAGAGAGCCGCAGGUGUUGCGGCAAGGUUUGCUUCACCUGAAUGAGGUGUUGCAGGAAUUAGAACCCCUGCACAAGCCUCUUGAGGCACCAGGUGGCUCUGUGCUGCUUCGAGAGUUGGCUGGUGCUAGCCAGUUGGCUGAUCCCACCCUCUCUCCUCAGUCCACACCUUUACUACAUGCCCUGUCUGCAACACAUGCUUACAUUAUGAUGUUUGUCCAUGUCUGCAGAAUGGGACAGACGGACAUCCGAACCAUAUCUGUGAGUCGUUGGGGUUCAGAGUUGGGCCUGCAAGUAUUACGUGGCCUGAGCAGGUUGUACACUUCCCUUGUAUGGGAGAGUACUGUGCUUUUGGCCCUCUGCAGUGAGGACAUCCUUCCAGCAGAUUCACUGUUUGGGAAAGAAGACAUUGAAAAGCUGAUUCCCAAAGAGCUAAAACCUGACAAAGAUGGGAAAAAAGAUGGUGAUAGUUUGACCAGAAGCACUGGUGAAAUGGGAAGCAAUGGUGUCAGUGCUGCUAUGGAAUCCUUGACCACAGCAGAAGUGUCUGAAACAGCCAUGGAAGUAGAUUUGGGUGGAACAGGUGAUAAAGACGCAAAGAAAUCUAAGAUGUCUCCAACCCUGCAAGCCCUUAUCAAGCAGAUCAAGCCAUUGCUAUCUGCUUCUUCUCGCCUGGGCAGAGCUUUGGCUGAGUUGUUUGGACUGUUGGUGAAGUUAUGUGUUGGCACACCAGUAAGGCAAAGGCGGAGUCACCAGUUGCCCAAUGCACCCACAACCCCCACACCAGCAGCCCAGCAGGUGGCUACAGCAUUAACAAAACUUUUGGCCAAUGGUCUCAGCUGGAAACCCCCUGUGUAUUCACCUGUACCUAAACUGCGAUUGACUUUCCUGGUAUGCUCUGUUGGUUUUACUUCCCCUACAUUAUUUGAUGAGAAGAAACAGCCUUACCACCUGAUGCUUCAGAAGUUCCUAACCUCUGGUGGACAGGAUGCCUUUUUCCAGGCAUUUCACUGGGCUUUGUCCAUGGGAGGAACAGUGGCACUUGGGGAGGGACUGGAGAACCCAAACUUGCCAGAUGGCACAGGUGAAUUUCUUGAUGCCUGGCUGAUGCUUGUAGAGAAGAUGGUGAAUCCCAAGACAGUUCUUGAAUCUCCACAUACCCUUCCUGCCAAGUCAACCCAACCAGGCUUUGUUCCAUUUGACCCAGUCCAGUAUUUAAUCCGAACGCAAAAGGCUGCCUUCAAAGCUGUGAUGCACCUGUGGAACAAAAAGCCACUGAAAGUGUAUGGUAGUCGGAUGUCAGAAUCCAUACUGGCUAUCCUCUGUCAUAUCAUCAAAGGAGAAAAUAUUAUAAUGGAGCGUCUAGCUAAAGAAAAGGAAGGUGCGGGUGGUGAGUCUGCUCCUGCAGCCACAUCCUCCGAUUCUGCCACACCCAACAAUGCGGCCCCAGUAGUUCAAAGGAGGACAGAGCCUGAAGUAAAUCCUGAUCAUUUGCAACAGCUGAUGGAUAUGGGCUUCUCAAGAGACCAUUGUAUGGAAGCCUUGUUGCACACAACCAGCUUAGAGCAGGCCACCGAUUACAUCUUGAAUCACCCUCCACCUGCCCUAGCAGUUCAGAGCAUUGCUGGCAUGGAAUUGGACAUGACUGAGGAAGACCAGAUGAUGAGAGCCAUAGCUAUGUCACUGGGAGAAAACGUGGUCAUGUCCACAGACCAACCAACACCUGCUAAUACUGAACAGCAGCCUAAAACAGAAGAUGCAAAGAGUGAAGAGGAUGCCCCCAUAGUUUUGACGAAAGAGGAUCCUUUAGAAAAGGCUGAAUUGGAUAAAUUUACCACAGAUGUUUUACCAGGGUGUUUACAGCUAUUAGAUAGCAUCCCUGAAACUGUAUACCGAGUCUGUGAUCUGUUUGUUGUUGUGGCACAUCGCAAUGGCAAUGACUGGAGGAAUGGAGCUCUCAAAACUGUGGUCAAAGAGAUUUACACUCAAGGGGAACAGCUGUUAAACUUCAUGGAUGGUAAGGAUAAAUCUGAAGGGAAAGAAGGCUCAGACUUUACCAAGACACUCUCCACCUAUGAAGAUGGAGCAAAGUUUUCCUCAAGACUCCACAUUUUAGCCCUUCUGUUUGAGGUAAGGGAAAUGAUGAUGCCGUGUGCAGAAGCUGUGGAGGAAAGCCAGCUCAUUGAUCUUUUAGUCCGAGUCUUAUUGUCAGGACAACAGUGUUUGACCAGUCUGAAGGAUCUUCCAUUGCAAAAAUGGUUAGGCCCUCUGUUACUGCUCAUUGACUUGUAUGAGAAAGUUGCGGUCACUUCAGAAAGAAAAGCUGCUGUAGAUGUUCUCAUGAAUAAUACCUAUCAUACAUGGAAGUGGCUAGAUGAUCGAGGAGGAAAGUGGUGUAAUUACAACGCUAGUAACAACAAAACUAUAGAUGAUGCCUAUGUGGCUGGAUAUUCCAAUGUCAGAUUUUCUGCUGGAAGACGACGGUACACAGUCAACUUCAGUACAAUGGUACAGAUAAAUGAGGAGACAGGAAAUAGACGUCCCAUUAUGUUGACCCUUCCAAGCAAGGAGGACAUGGAAGCUGAAAAAGCCAAAGAGGACCAGGCUAAAGCAGAUGCUAAAGCUGCCAAACCAGAAGAGGACUCCACUCGUACAGAAACAAAAAUGGAAACAGAUUCUUCUGUGACCAGUCAGAAAAAAGAACGUAAAGUUGUUGCUGGGCUGACCAGUGAUCACACUGCCAGUAUUAUUAGGUCUGUAGUCAGUCUGAUAGGUAUCCCUGUGGAUCCAGACACACUCCAUGCGUCCCUGCGUCUCACACUAAGACUUACCAGAGAUCACAAGCAUGCCCUUCUUUUUGCUCAACUUGGAGGUCCCAGGCUGCUGUUGAACUUAACACAGGCAUCAGCAUUCCAGGGGGUCACCUCCAUGAUCACACUCAUCUUCAGGCAUGUGCUGGAGGAACAGUCAACCUUACGGCAUUGUAUGUGGAAGGUGAUGAAAACUGCCACCUCAGGGCCUGGAUCAAGUGUGACUGGUGUUACUCAGGGCAGUCCCGGAUCCCAGGAGCUACACUAUGUAUUGAGGGUUUUGGGCCCAGCUGCCUGUCGUAACAGUGAACUUUUCUGUGAUGUUGCAAAUGACACUUUAAGGAUAUCCAUGUUACCUGCUUCCAAAAGAGGAGAGGAAUUCCGAUAUGCUGGUCCGAACAGCGCCCAAAUCCUGAACUCAAUAGGUCCAAAACAGCCAGCUCCAACCACAAUGGACCCUCUUGUGAAAGAAGUACUCUGUGAUCUACUAGAUGCCUUGGUGGCCAAACACAUCCAUACACCUGAUGAUGCCAACCCCAGUAGUGUAGAAGUCCGGCCUGCUCAGACACUGGCAGAAGCUAUCCAGGAAGUGGUGAAUGAAGUGAAUCGUGAGAUCAGUGACCAGCAGCAGAUUGUUCGGCAAACCAACGAAGGGGAGGAAACAGAGGAAGAGACUGCAGAAACUGCAGAUACCUCAGAUAUUGCUGCAUCAAAGUCCGAGGAUAAAAAGGUCAAGGAUGGGAAAACGGCUGAAGAAUUGAGAAAACUGAAGCCUUUGUUACCCAAGUCCAGUAUUUUGAGAUUAUUAUCUGAAAUUGUGAAGUCCUACAGCAACUGUGCUAAACUUAUCACCCAACACACAUACCAUAGUGACCAGAGUGAGCUGAUAGCAGAGGACUGUAAUGUAUUGGCCUACAUCUUGGACAGCUUGCUGCCUCAGUGCCAGACAUCAGGAGAUAGGGAUUGUCCUGCCCUGUCUCGUGUAUUAAUCGCCAGUAUCGCCUCCUGUAACCACAGCCCAGAGGCACAAACUACCCUGGUUAGUGAGGUGAAGGCUGCCUUACAGAGGGCUCUUGCGAUGCCUGAGAGCAUAGAAAAGCACUCCAAACUGCAAGCUUAUUUUGGCAUAAUAACUGUGAUGAUUGAGUCAUGCCCAAGUCCAGGUCAGAUUCCCAACCAGGUUUUCAAAGGACAACAGAGUCUGAUGAACAGCAUUGUAAAGAUGUUGCUGAAACGGGGUCUUGUGAAUGAUCUUGCACGUGUACCUCACAGCCUUGAUUUGUCAAGUCCAUACAUGGCCAAUACUGUCAACGCAGCUCUGAAACCCCUCGAAAACUUGUCUCGCAUUGUCAACCAGCCACAAAACAUCUCCAUGAAGUCAAAAGCAAAAGGCUUAAUAGAUGUUCUGUCUAACCAGGCAUUGGGAUCAGAAGGAGCUGCCAACAAUCCUCCCUCAGAAGACCCAGGUGAGGAGACAAUGAUAGAAAAUGGCCAAGGAGAAAUCACGAUUGAAGAUGUCACUGAGCAGGUGGAGGGCCACCAAGAUCUAGAUGAAACAGAACCUGCUGAAACCAUUGAGCCAGAGAUGGACUCCAUGACAAGGGAUGAGACAGAGCUGGAGGAUGUGAUCGAUCAGCUUUUGGAUCGUGAUACCAAUGAAGAUUCUGAAAACCAAGUCCUUGGAGACAUCAUAAUGGAAACAGGUGAAGAAUCCAAUCAUGUGUUAGAGAGCGGCAAUGAUACAGAUGUUAUAAUUGCUGUGGAAGUUGAAGGAGAUAUCGACCAGCAUGACUCACAGAUGAUUACACAGGAAAUUACAGAUUUGCAUGAUGACGAUGACUCUGGCGCGAGUGGCUCAGAUGAUGAUGAUAAUGAUGGGGAUCAUGACUGUAAUGAUGAAGACCAUGAUGAUGACGAUGAUGAUGAUGAUGAAGAAGAGUGCGAGGAAGAUGUGGGAUCUGAUAUGGAAGCAGAUGAUGAAGAGUAUGCAGGAAUAAAUGUGGACAACCUUGCCACAGGCUAUGAUGAUGAUUUCUUCUUACACAUUGAAGAUGUUUUCCCACCAACUGUUGGUCAGCCCAUUGUCUUUGAUGCCCCUGUUCGUGCUUACCAACUACCAGCCUCAGUUGAUGCAGAAAAUGGAAACAAUGAUGGUGCUUUGCCGGCAAUACCACCUGCUCCAAGUACUGUGUCCUCCACUCAUCCUCUUCUGGUGAGGCAGAGUGAACCACAUGCAGUAUUAAGCACUAUUGCUGCCCGUGUGCAUCGCAGUGGCCGCUCGAGAGGGACAUAUCGAUUUAACCCAAGCACCCAAACCCUGCAUGUCAACUUCACCACCAGUGGUGCACGCCACCCAAAUCCCCCAGUUAUUCUACAGAGAUUGUUAGGACAUUCAACGGCAGCUGAUGUGUUACAGUUGACGAACACCUUUUCCACACAAGCCUCUAAUCCAACCAGGGUUGUCUUGGCUAGAGAUAGGCUAGGAUCUGAGGAUGAUAUGUUUGAGGAGUUGUUCCAAGAUACUUGUCCCUAUAAUCAGGAGACAGGGUCCGUGGGCUCAGGUGUGCUGUCGUGUAUCCCAUCAACACUCACAAGGUGGACAGAGGAAGCUAAGGUGCUGGAUGGGGAUAGCGUUCAUGAUUUGGUUUCAGUUCUGAAACUGCAAAUCAUAGAGUGCUUGGAGAAGCACAGAGAUGAAAAGCUUGCUGAACGUCAGGAAAAGAAAAAGAAGUCUGAGGAAGAAGCAGUUUCAAAAACAAAGGAAGAGGAUGGAGAACAAAAAGAAACAAACUCUACAUCUGCAUCUGCAGUGGGCCAAGCUCUGUCCUGGGUUACCCAGAGAUCAGAGCAGAACAGUAUUUUAAGUAACUCCAGUAUUACAACUGUGAGUGUGGGGUCCUCCUCUCAACGGACAGAAGCAUCUCCAUCUUUCAGCAGGCCUCCAGCUGCUAAUCCCCAAUUCAGCGACAGUGAAGCUGUGGCAGCUGCAGAGAGAUUGGCAGAAGCAAUGGUUGAAGAGGUCUUGUCCUGUGCUGGUACCUCAGCCAGCCAGACUGUUACAAGCCCAGGCUUAGUAAACUCUACACCCACGGCCACCACAACAUCUUCUGUGUUCCCAUGCACACCCUCAGGACCUUUGGUCAGAGCAGCCCUGUUGGCACAUCUGCGACCCAGGCCCCCCGAGGGUUAUGUGAUGAUGCCAUCCCCCAUUUUGCCGCAGUCUUCUCCCAAUCCAGUGGGAGGUUCAGCAGGUGUGGGGGUGUCUCGCCAACCAGAAACUCCUAUGGAGGUGUCUUCAGGUACACAAUCUACCCCAACGACAGUACAACCCCAGAGCAUGCAACCACCAGGAGUAACACCAUCAGCAAUUCCACCUUUAACACCCCCAACCCAAGGUGUUUCACCACAAGGAAAUCCACCACCUGAUGCACAGUGCCCAGAAGUCAGUAACUUGGUGUCCCUUCUACUAAGUGAGGAUGAUGAUCUGCCAAGCCUAGCAGAUGGAUCUUCAGCAGCUGGUGGACUUCACAGGCCUGUACAACCUUCGGCUCCACCUUCUGAAAGCCACCCCUCAAGCCUGCCUCAGUGUGCAGCCACAGGAGAAGCUACUCGCACAGGCAGUGGUGAAACAGUCAUCACUCCAGAGGAGUCUUCCAAUAUCACUAGCUCUGAUGCCGUUACUGUCCAUUCAACAAGCUCUGAGAGUACUGAUGAACUGAGCGAUGUGGGAGGUCAAGCCACAGCUGCUGUCCCUAGCAGUGCCUCUACUGUGAUCAAUGUUCCUUCCAGUCAGCUGAUAACCGCCAUAACCCAAGCCUACCCAUCCCCAGUCUCAUCCAGUUCCGCUGGGACGCCUGGAAGCGGGCAAGAAGCUAGCCAACCAAGUGGAACGCCAUAUAUGUUUGGAGAGGGUGUUGAUCCAUCUUUCCUGGCGGCUUUGCCGGACAACAUUAGGCAGGAGGUGAUAGCGGAGCAACUACGACUGCAGAGAAUCCAGCAAAGAGCACAGCAGCAGGCUCAGAAUGCAGAAAACAGUGGUGCAAUUGAAGUAAACCCAGAGUUCUUGGCUGCCCUUCCACCUUCCAUUCAAGAGGAGGUGUUGGCUCAACAAAGAGCAGAGCAAGCCCGAUUGGCUGCUUCUCAAGGAACCAGCAAUCCAGAGGCACCUGUUGACCCUGCAGGCUUCAUUGCGUCUCUGCCUACAUCCCUUAGACAACAGGUGUUGUCUGACAUGGAUGACUCGAUGGUCGCUGUUCUGCCAGCUGAUUUGGCAGCAGAGGCUCAAGCCUUGCGCAGGGAGCUAGAGGAGAGACACCGUCGUCUCAUGCACGAACGUCUCUUUACCCAGGCUGGCGCGGGUUCAUUGUCUGCUAUUCUUCGCCAUACAGGAUUGGCUAAUCGUCUAGGAACACGCUAUGCCAUCCAAGCCAACCCCAGAAGUGGUAAUCAGUGGUGCUUUGGAAAUAAUCGGGCUGGACAGUCUUCUGGCAAUGCUAACACUGUGCGCUUAAGAGGCCGUCACUUGUUGGAUCAUGAGGCUCUGACUUGUCUCCUUGUCCUUUUGUUCGUAGAGGAACCAAAACUAAACACUGGGCGACUCCAUAGAGUGCUAAGAAAUCUUUGUUACCAUGGCCCCACACGGAUUUGGGUAGUGCGGGCACUUCUCUCCAUAUUGCAGAGGACUGGUGGGGAGAGCAAGAUAGACACUGCCGAGGGCUUUUCCUCCUACAAAACCAAUGACAGGUCCAAGAGGAAAGCGUUACACAGCUCAAGUGCUACUUCUCCCACUAUUGACUUAACUGCACGACAGGCUGCAAUGCAGACGGAUCCAGCUGCUACAGUAAUGGUAAAAACAGACACAAAAAGUCAGUGCUCCUGGCUCUCCAUUAGUCUGGAGGCAGCCCUUGGUUGCCGUGCUAAUGUCUUCCAAAUUCAAAAGGUGGGCAAGAAGCAUGCAGGAAAUGUGAAUUCAAAUGUGUCAAUACAUCCUCAGGCAUCACCAGUUGUGUGUAGACAUGUGCUAGAUACAUUAAUAUCAUUAGCCAAGAGCUUUCCCGAUCAGUUUCUACCAUCAACAAAGGCCAAAGAAGCUGUUCGGUGUGAAGGAGAAGACAAAGAGACUGAUAGUGCUAAAACAAGGACCACUUCUGGUCCAGCUAGUCCAAAGGGCCAGAAGGUGGACAGACAGGAUUCCAAGUCUGAUUCAAAUAAAGAAAAACAGCCAGAGACAGACUUUUGGGACUUGCUUGUCAAACUGGACAGUUUAGGUAGUGGUAGAAAAGGUAAAGGUGUUCAACGAAGCCACAGUUCAUCUGUACAAGAAGCAGAAACAGAGAUUAGUAGUUUUGAUACUUCACCAUUGGGUCAGCUGAUGGGCAUGCUAUCCCACCCAGUGGUACGGCGAAGUCAGCUGUUGACUGACAGACUGUUGCGGCUGCUGGGUCUGGUAUCCAUUAGACUUCCAGAUGUCAGUCAGAGAGUAUUCAGUGCGAGCUCUGGCACAACCACAGCCUGCACUAGCACAACAGUAACCACGACCUCCACAGCCCGUGGAGUGACAACAACAACAUCUAGUCUGACUCCACUGGCUAUCCCAUCUGUACAACCUAGUAGUGACACCACUAAACCAGAUGCACCUGCUUCUGAAGGGGACAAACCAAUGGAGGAUAAACCAUCAGAGGUAGAGGAGCCACCUGCAAUAUUGGAAAACCAGCUUCCUCUGGCGGUGAAAGUGUUGACCUCAAAGGCUUGCUCUGAAGAAGGCUUGGAAGAUGCCACAAGUCUUCUACUUCAGUUAUCCAGAGCAAAUAAUUCAACCCGAUCAGCUGUCUUGAACUUGCUCUUAGCUGGAGGGCGGGAGCUUGGCUUCACCGUUUGUGGCCAUAUCAGAAAUCUGAUGGCGGAGUUGCGCUCUGUGAUAGCCAAAUACAAGGAAAGUCAGGGUGAUGAAGAUAUUAAAGAUCCCGACAUGCCUGUAACAUUCCCAGGGAAAGGUGUUCUUCCAGACAGGUUUGCGGCUGGCACAAAUGUCGUGGUCGCAGCACCUGCCAAAGUGAAGAGUGUUAGAGAGCUUCAGUUGCCAUCCAUGCCUGCCUUGACGAGCAAGACUUCCAGUCAACAGUUUUUCCUGCGCAUCCUCAAAGUAAUAAUUCAGUUGAGAGAUGCAGCCAGAGAAGCUGCUAAGAAAGCCAGAAAACCAGAUGCUAGAGAACCAGUAAACAUUGCAGAAGCCAUGGCUGAAUUGGACAAUGAGACAAUUAACAUUGUUGAUGCUAUGGCAGAGUUAGAAACGGAGGCGUCUACAUUAGCCUUGCUGUGGUCAAGUCCAGCCAACCAGCAGAAUGCGACUGGGCAGCAAGAUCAGGAACAAUCAUUGGCUUCAGCAGUGGCAUCAUCCGCGACAACUCCACAGGCAGCAGCAGAUAGUGUUCCAGCAACACCAGAUCGAAACCGGCAAGCCACAGAACCACCUCGUAUUCCUCUAGAGGGCUCCCAUGUAGAUGGACCAGAAAUAAGGCAGUCUUCACCCAUCACAGGGUCAGUUAAUCCUGCCUCCCUGCCCCAGGCUGUGGUCAAUCUGGUACCAGCUGAUGCUUUACUGAGGCAGGAAGGCUCUGAUUCUCCCUCCACGCAGAAUUCUGUGACUCUUCCACCAAGUCAGCCAUCAGCACAACAGCCAAGCCCUGAAGCACCAAUGGAAGUGGACCAAUCUGAGAAAAAUAGCACUAUGGUGGAGGAGUCCCCAAUUGUAUUGCCACGGCUAAGUGAACAGCUAGAGUUGGAUGAGCUUUGGGAGACGUUAGGAGAAUGUCUGUCAGAGUUGGCAAAAAUGCCAGACCACCAUGCAGUGCUGAUCCUACAGCCUGCCGUGGAAGCUUUCUUCUUGGUUCAUGCAGGUGAGAAGGAUGGCUUGAAGAAGCGGGAAAGUCAUCAACAGCGAAGAGAGGACCAGCUUGCUCACUUAAAUGUGGAAGUUGCUGCUCCUUCUUCGCCAUCGCCAGCCAUUUCUUCAGAAAUUGAGCAUGCCCCUCUUCUGUCUAGAGAGGAUUCCUUUAUGUCUGUAUCCUACAUGUCUAACCUCCCAGCAGACACACAGAAGUUCCUCAGGUUUGCAGAAACCCACCGGACAGUACUGAACCAGAUCCUGCGACAGUCUACAACUCCUCUGGCUGAUGGACCAUUCUCAGUGCUUGUGGAUCACACACGGAUUUUGGACUUUGAUGUGAAGAGGAGGUACUUCCGUCAGGAACUUGAAAGAUUAGAUGAGGGCAUGCGCCGAGAGGAUCUGCCAGUCCAUGUAAAGAGAGAGCAUGUCUUUGAGGAUUCUUUUCGUGAGCUCCAUCGUAGAGCCUUCGAUGAGUGGAAACACCGUUUCUACAUUGUGUUUGAAGGGGAAGAGGGUCAAGAUGCAGGUGGUUUGCUGAGGGAAUGGUACAUGAUCAUAUCCAGGGAGAUCUUCAACCCAAUGUAUGCCCUCUUCAAGACAUCACCUGGGGACAGAGUGACCUACACCAUAAACCCCUCCUCUCACUGCAACUCAAACCAUCUCAGCUACUUCAAGUUUGUGGGGCGCAUCAUUGCUAAAGCCAUAUAUGACAACAAGCUUCUGGAGUGCUACUUCACUCGCUCCUUUUACAAGCACAUCAUUGGGCAGACAGUCAAAGUCAAUGAUAUGGAAAGCGAGGACUUUUCCUUUUAUCAGGGCCUGAUUUUCCUGCUUGAAAAUAACGUCAAUGAUCUCGGUUAUGAGCUCAUGUUCAGCACUGAGAUUCAAGAAUUUGGUGUCACUGAAAGCAGGGACUUGAAGCCGAAUGGGCGUAACAUCAUGGUUACCGAAGAGAACAAAAGGGAGUAUGUUCGCCUGGUGUGCCAGAUGAAGAUGACUGGAGCAAUACGGAAACAGCUGAACAGUUUCCUGGAAGGUUUCUAUGACAUCAUUCCUAAGAGGCUUAUCUCAAUCUUCAAUGAGCAGGAGCUUGAACUACUCAUCUCUGGCCUACCAACUAUUGACAUAGAUGACUUGAAGGCCAACACAGAAUAUCAUAAAUACCAGACCACAUCCCUUCAAAUUCAGUGGUUUUGGCGAGCCUUGCGAUCCUUUGAUCAGGCAGAUAGAGCCAGGUUUAUACAGUUUGUUACGGGUACAUCAAAGGUUCCUCUGCAAGGUUUUGCUUUCCUAGAAGGGAUGAAUGGAACCCAGAAAUUCCAAAUCCAUCGUGAUGACAGGUCAACGGACAGGCUCCCUUCAGCCCACACAUGCUUCAACCAGUUGGAUUUGCCAGCAUAUGAAACCUAUGACAAGCUGAAGCAUAUGCUGUUGAUGGCUGUGAAUGAGUGCUCAGAAGGAUUUGGAUUGGCUUAAACAUGCCAUGGAUAUUUAUGUGUACUUUGUACAGAUCCAAAACUAUAGCCAUAAUGUCCAAUUUUAGCUUUCAAAAAUACCUUCAGUUGAAUCUGUUCUUUGUAUGUAAUUUAAUAAAUUUUUAGGAUGAAAAUAUUAUCAUGUCCGUUUUUUGCUUGUAAAUAGUUUGCCUCUCCGUCAGAUGCUCAGUGUAAAAGCUACUUUUAAUGUAUUUAAAUAUGUCCACAGUGAAAAAAAAGUUACGUAUGGAGUACUGAUGCAACCUCCUUAACAGUUGAUAAUAUAUGUACAUACAUAUAUACAAACUAUCUUUAUUGCUGAUUGGGGUGUGCUGAGGAAUACAGGCAUAAAAACUGGUCCAAGCAAAGAAAUUAGUAUAUUUAUAUAUAUUAGUGGGUUACUUUGCCAGCUUUAAGUUGAAGACUAUUGUUUGCCCAAAUUCCACAGCAUAUAACUUUGUUUGGUAUAUCACUGGAUUGCCAAGUUGGAUUUUAGUAUGUAAAUGUUGAUUUAAAAUGGAUGUGAUCAGUGCUUUUCCCUCAGCUAAACAACCAGCCCUGUCUUGGGGUACUGAGAGCUUCAAUGCUGUUCAGUAUUAGCCCAUUAUCUUGUGGUGUGGUAUUAAUUAUAAUUUGUAUGUGAUUUCACAGUUGGAAUAACAUGUAUUAAGUAUGAGUUUUGUGGUUAUGAACGUUAGAUUUGGGAAGAAACUUAUGGAAAAAAAAUUGUUCACAUUAAAGAACCAAUUUCUGUGUUAAUGAACAUUAAGAUAUGGAAGGAAA